AUGGACGAGGUCAGCCAGGUGAAGUUGCUGUGCAGCAUGGCGCUCGCCCUGGCCAACCUGCACGAGCUGGGGAUCGUCCACUGCGACAUCAAGCCCUGCAACAUCCUGGUCUGCGUGGACGCGAAUGGCGAGCCCACGGCAAAGCUGGUGGACUUUUCGGGGGGUGAGGUGACAUACGCCUUCUGCCCCAACGAGGGCUUCAAGAGACCGCAGAUGUCAGGGGACGUCUGGGCAAUGGCCUGCUCCAUGCUGGAGCUGCUGCAGCCCGGGGCCCUGGGCAACGGCUGGGAGGGCAAGGAGUACCAGCGAGCCCGGGGCCACAAGGAGCACCCCGCCAGGCCCCUCCUCCACCUGAUCGACGGCCUGCCCGCGGGCGUCCUGCUGCGCGUGAUCAGGGCCCUGGCCUUCGCGCCCGAGCAGCGCUGCACUGCUGCCGAGCUGUCGGAGGCGCUGGAGGUCCACCUGCAGCUCCCGGCCCUGCUGGACCCGGCCCAGGUCGACGCCGGCGCGGGGCGGUGCCCGCAUGCGGCCCUCUGCCGCGCGGUGUUGGACGCCGCGCGGGCCCGGCUGCAGGCCUGCGAGGGGUACGCGGAGGCGGUCGCGGAGGCGUGCCGCCUGGGGUGGCCUGAGCGCGCCGCUGCCGCAGGCUGCUGA